UAUUUACUUACCCGUAUUCAUUUAAUGUGAAAAGAAAAAAAACUCUAAAGGGAAGCUAAUUAACGGCACGUUUGCCCAAUAAAAGUUGUCUUGACUUCCCUUCAUUCGAUGCCUUAAGGAUUAACUCGGAGUUCUUAGAGUGGGGUUCUUAGCGGAAGUUAAGAAACAAUUUCUUAACUUCCGCUAAGAACCCCAUCUUAAGAACCCCGGAUUAAUCAUGCUCUAACAAGACAGUUUCUUUUCUCAUUAUUUUCUUCUUUAACAAAAAGUCAGACUCUCAAACUAUGGCCAGCGAAUCAAGAACCAGAUGGGUUCUCCCUUACAAGACCAAGAACUUGAAAGACGAUUACGUUCUUGGUCGUGUGCUCGGACAAGGACAGUUUGGAAUCACUUUCCUCUGUACUUAUAACGAGACGGGUCAAAAGCUUGCUUGCAAAUCUAUACCCAAAAGGAAGCUUCUUUGUCAGGAAGACUGCGAUGACGUUUUGAGGGAGAUCCAGAUAAUGCGUCACUUGUCUGAAUACCCCAAUGUUGUCCGGAUACAAAGCACGUACGAAGAUGCCAACGACGUGCACCUUGUGAUGGAGCUUUGCGAAGGUGGUGAGUUGUUUGAUAGAAUCGAGAAGAAAGGUCAUUAUAGUGAGAGAGAAGCAGCUAAGCUCAUCAAGACCAUUGUUGCGGUCGUGGAGGCUUGUCACUCUCUUGGUGUUAUGCAUAGAGAUCUUAAGCCUGAGAACUUUUUGUUCUCUUUUUCUUCUGAAGAUGCUUCGCUUAAAUCAACCGAUUUCGGCCUCUCUGUUUUCUGCGAACCAGGUCUCAUUUUGAUUCUUUCCACCUUUGACUUUUGCAUAUUCUUCUUCUUCUCUGGUUUGAGGGCCGGGCCUCUUGGCGUAUAAUAACAAACAUUUGAAUAGGGUCUCCACUUUGUGGCACUCCCAGUCUUUUUUUUGUGUUGUUAUAUAUAACAUGCAUAAAUGUUAAUAUAUGGUAAAUGUAAAACUAAUAAAUGAAUAAAAUAAUUAUAAAAAUAGAAACGAAUAUUAGUUUAGUUUUAUACAAUUAUGGGUGUUAAAAUAAAUAGACUAUAUCUUAAUUGUAAUUAAGCUUAUAAUUUAAACAAAAAAAGUUUAUAAUUUAAAUUUUCUUUUAAACUUUUUUUUACAAUAAUAGCUAUAUUAUUUUAAAUUAGUCACCAUUUCAGAAAUAUAAAUCAUUGGUAGAUAAUCAACAUGGUAUAUAUAUAAAAUUCUUUUAAAUAUAGUAUACAUUUAGAUUAAAUAUUUUAAAAAUAAAUAUUACAAUAAUUAAAAAAUUAAAAAAAUAUUAUUUUAAUUCGAUCCUAAAAUCUCAUGACUGGUUUUGCUUGGUUGGUCCAUGAGAUACUGUUUCAUUGAACCCUUGUUUGUGUGUGUUACGGGCACACAAAUCUUGGUUUCUGUCAGGUGCAACGUUUACACAGCUUGUUGGAAGUGCAUACUAUGUGGCACCUGAGGUUUUACAUAGGCAUUACGGCCGUGAAUGUGAUGUAUGGAGUGCUGGAGUUAUCCUCUACAUUCUAUUAUCUGGUUUUGCUCCUUUUGAUGCUGGUUAGAUUCUCCAGUGCCUCUCUUUCUUUUUCUUUGCAUUUCACUUUCCCAUCUCAUGUGUCCUAUUUUGUAUCCAGGAACUCAAUAUGGGAUCUUCAGAAAGAUUUUACAGGGUAAGCUGGACUUUGAGACCAGUCCUUGGCCUAGCAUUUCCGAGAAUGCCAAGGAUCUUAUAAAGAAAAUGCUUGAGAGCAAUCCAAAGAAAAGGCUAACUGCUCAUCAAGUCUUGUGUAAGCAGCUCUCACCUUUUUGAGAGCUUAGACCGUGAUGUAUAUAUUCUUGCUAUGUGUGUGAUUCAUGUUUUUGUUAGUUUGUCAGGUCACCUGUUGUAACAAUUGUGAGAAAUAACAGAUGCGGAAACAGAUGAAUAAAAACGA